AUGCAGACUUUCCCCCCUCGCACCCUAGAUGCAAUCCUCCAAGUAGGUCGCUCUGCUUUGACUAGCGUCAAAGACCUUCCCUUGGACCCGAUUAAGGAGAAACUCCUGCUAUCCAACUAUUUCCACACUCAUAACGCCAGCGCUUGCAAAAACAUUCUACUAUCCCAAGCCCACGGAUUUGCAUACUUUGACGGCGCUGAUGGGACUCUCCGACAAGUGAUCUGCCCUAAACAGGUCGGUCCAAACUUGUACUGGGCAUCCGCGAAUGACCGUUACGAGUCCCCCACCCCAGUUGCUUUCUCCUUGGAUGCCCUUGGUAGCAGUGUCAUCUCCAUCGCCCGCGAUGAACUGGCUCGUGAAUGCAAGGCCCGCCACAUCCAAGACACCCAAUACUCUCCCCAUACCGCAUUGGCCCCCGACAGCGCCAAUCCCCCAGAGGAUAUCUAUUGGCCUAGUGGCGAUGGGGUGUUCACUGAAGUUAAAAAGUUCUUCCCAAUCUAUCCUGGUGCAACCAUCCCUACCAAUCUCAAGCUAUCCUCCGCUCCACCAGCCGACUUGGACACCUUCCACCCCCAGUUCCAGCUCUGGUACGAGGCAAUGAAGUACCUUCACGACCACAACGAGUCUCAGAGCAUCCAUUCCCACGACCAUAUCUUCAGUGACGACACCAUCCCAACGGAUCGGUUUCCCUCAAGUGAUCUUGCUACUCAUCUGACCUAUUCUACAUCAGACGUCAGUGCAUUUGCCGCGGAGGCCGACACAUACAAGAAUCUAUUCGAAGAAUUCAAACGGCAUUCGGCCCUUUCUACUUUAGCAUCUACUACCCAUGUUGCUACCCACGAAGUUCCUGCGGCCCCCCUCCCAGCAGGAGCCCCAUUCGACAGUGAACUCUUCGCCCAGAUCAUGGCCAACGCUCUCAAAGGCGUCAACGCCAGCACAAAAGAAAAAGAUCUUGCCCGCACUUCUGCCAGCGCCAAGGAUUCGUACCGUUUACUCUUUGGCCGCGUAAAAAGCGUAGUUCAACUCGACGGUUCAACAGUCAAAGAACUCCACCCGUCCGUCCUUUCCGAUGACUUCGAAACUUUCUUGGAAAUCGGUUCGAUCAAAGAAGCCCUCCGGCACCUCCACGAUACAUUUGCCCAUAUCACCGACACCCUCACCACUCGCAAUAACUACGACCGCAACGUUGACUUCGACAUUGCCCUCUUCCAGCACGCAACAGUCACUGCUCUGAAAACAUGCAGCUUUGGCUUUAAGCCACUCACAAUGCACCCUCACGAAGCUACUUCCCUUCUUAGCCUCCUUGCCUGGCUCCCUCCCAACAAGCAUGACGUCAAAUACACAACUUUCCUAGCGGAAGGCCGCGACAUCAUCCGGCAGGAAGCCAUGGAAGAAGACAAGUCCAAACAAGCAGCAAAGAAGACCGACAUCUUUGUCCACGGCGAUAUCAGCUCUGUGGAAGCUCUGAUCAAGAUGUUAGCGAACUUCUUUGCUUUUGCAAAAUACUGUGUCAAAGACUUUACCUUCGACGACCCCCCAUUGAUUGUCACCCUCUUGGAAGAUUUUAUGGAUGCCCUCCACACUCCCACUGCCAAAGAUUGGAUCCGUUGGAACGAUAAGGUCCCCCACCUACCCCUCUGUCUUCUCCUUGAAAUGAACCAGAUCUUGCAGAUUGUUGUGGGGGUCUCCAAGAACAAAACAACCCUGAGCAAACUCCGCAACGGCCAGCCUAUCACCAUCGACACUUUCGUGAAUGCCUUCAAUGGUGUCGAAUCCGCCAUCGGCCACCUCAAUAUGUCUAUCACUAUGGGCAACCUUGGCCCAUACGCUACUUGCCCCAACUUGCAUACGAUCUUGCAUGGAAAACCGAACCCCGCUCCCAAACGUGAGGGCCCAACCACCCGUGAACGUCCAGACCCAACCAAACGUGCCAGACCCCAACCCCUUGGAUCACAUCCAGGAUACUUGACCUACGAUGGCCCGGGCAGGCUCCCAAUUGCCCCUUUCAAAUGUAAACAUCCAAUUACUGGGAAACAGGCAGCCUUCUGUUCCCAUUUCCUAUUUGCCAACUACCAUUGCAACCGCCCCCGCUGCCACAACAUCCAUUACACCAAACAAUUUGCGGCAACCAUGAGCCCCACCGAAACCCAAUCCUUUGAUAAAUUCAUUGAAAAAACCCCUGGGGUCACCCGUACCGCCCCAAAACCUCAUGUUCCUCAAUGCUCUACGUGCAUCGUCCGCACUCCCAGUAGCAUGAUCCGCAACCCGAUCAACAACUCUCUUUCGCCACCCCACCCAUCCAGAACAACUUCAACUUCCACCCAACCGACAGGAACUCUUUCCAAUGCCCCUUCCCAUACCCCUUCCAGUUCUCCUCCUUCCGCUUCCUCUCCAGACUCCCCGUAUCCACGGUACACUGACGCAGAACAAGAAAAAUUCGGCGAAAGACUUGAAGUUGCGAUCCAAGGUCGUUCCUCUAUCCCUUCAACGACCAAACGCGACCGUGAAGCUUGGGCAACAACAAAACUCCCGUCCCCUGUGUUCCUCGCCGUCAAUUCUCCCCAUGGUAAGGACAGUGUUGACCGGUGGUUCAGUACCCAGCACAAAUUCGAACAUACCUGGAUAUUUCUGCUGAAGAGCCGCUACUUGAGCCCAACCGACAUGGCAACCCUCUUCCAAGUGUGCCCAUCCAUCCAUCUCCUCUCCCUUCUCCUCGACGAACACCGAUUUGUGGACUUCCGACCCCUCCGACAACCCAUACCAACUCACCUGCCGCCUGAUGUCGCCAUGCAUCGAUGGAGCCGCAUGUUUACUGCAUGUCUCCUCCACUACGACCUCAGUAUCCCUACUGCAGUCCGCUUCGUUGGGAACAUCCAUACCGGCGCCCAUCGAGAUUGGCCAACUCUCGAACCUAUCCUCCGCGAAGCAAAAGUUGACCCUCUUCUCAUCACACAACUGAAACGCAUAUUCCUCGACGGCGCCCCGAACUACGUGACCGCCGAAUCCUCAGAUGACAACCUCCGAACCUUCAUCGCCUAUGGUAACCACAAAACAGUUUAUGAUGAUGUGAAAAAAACCAAAAGUGCUGUCGAAAAGGACGUGCUCCGCAAUUACCUCCUGGCAGCCAACCCCGCCCUCCUUCCGUAUAUCCGCGAUGCCCAUACUACUCCACUCGGGUUGGUUGACGCGUCCCAUGAAUACAGAAAACCCCGAAUCAUUUUCGAUGCGACCCAUCAUCCUUCCCUGGCAGCUAUGGCAGUCAACGAUUUUACCUCCAAAGACACAGAACCCGACAUCUGCUUCCCGCGGUCAUUCCCCAACUUCUUGAUCUGGAUCUACAACCUCCGUAUCACCUACCCCAACGAGGAAAUAUACAUCUGUGACGAUGAUGUUUCCGGCGCCUUCCGCCAUGUCAAAUGGAACCCCAAUGUGGUUGGAAUGCAUAUGUUUAUGCUCUUUGGUUUCCUUUUCUUUUGCACUGGUCUUUCCUUUGGCGACAACACCAGCCCUGCCCAAUGGGAAGUCGUUGCCUUGGUCCGCCAACAACUUGCCCAAUCCCUUUGGUACGCAGCAGCUACAACCAUCCCCAGGGUGGCAAAAUACCUUCCGACAUUAUCACUUGCCCCUCUUCCAACACCAUCAGACAUUGCCGCUUUCACCCCCGCCGAACCUGACUCGAAGAAUCCCGGGGUUCUACAACCUGACGGUACCCGCAAGUCUCCUACUUUCGACCACCACGUCGACGAUUGCCUCUAUGCUGAUGUUGCGCUCUUCUUGCGCCAAACAAUAUCAGCCAGUGUCCUUGCUUUGUACAUCCUCCUGGGAUACCCAAACACCUCUAAUGGAAUACGCGAUUGCAUCUCUUGGGAAAAAUUUGCCAACACUUUCUCCCAUGAACGCAAAACCAUCGGAUGGGUAGUGAACUCAAGACAAUUGACAGUGAGCUUGCCUCCCAUCAAACGGGACCGCCUUCUCAAACUCCUUUCAGAAACGCUCGCGAAUCCAAAACUCUCCCUUCGCGAUAUCGCGAUUCUUCUUGGGCACGUUUCAACUGCAACCACAGUCUGUCGCUGGAUGCGUUGUUCGUAUUUCAACUUGCAACGUGUCCUCAGUCAAUUUCUCCGCUCCCGCCACCAAUCCAUCAAACAUUACAUGAAGCGCAAUGACAAAGUCCAAAUAAUUUCCGACCAACUUCCUCCAGCCCUCAGCUACCGCCUCGCUUCCCUCAUCGGAAAAGAAGCAGCAACAUUUCUUUGGAACGCCAACAAGCGAUUCCAUCUCGAUGCCUCUGUCACCCGCGAAUUACGAGCGAUCCAACACAGCCUCAAAACUGAAACAUGGAAAAUCUACAUUCCCCAAAUGAUCCCUCGCGACCCGCAUUUCACUUCCUUUGGUGAUGCUAGCUUUAUUGGAGGAGGAGCCUAUUCGGAGGAACUUCUCUUCUGGUUCCGCAUUGUUUGGAGCCCCGAUAUUGUUGCUGGUACCAAAUUAAAAUCCAGCAACCCGAACUAUGUCCACAUCAACAGCCUUGAGUUCUUGGUUGCUUUCCUCCAAGAGGUUGCAACGGUUGUCCGCCUUGAAGGCACUUCCCACGCCCAUGCAGGCCUGGUCCACCAAUUUCCCAAUGGAUUUCCACACUUUCCAGUUCUACUCAAUCGAACCGACAACACCCCUACUGAGAAAUGGAUGAAUGACGCCCGGACCAACAGUCCCUUCGCACGCCUUUUGGUCGACUUGCACGGUCAACUGCUCAAGCGCUCCCCUCUGACUUCACUAUCCGACCAUGUACCCGACAUUUCACACUUUACCUUGGAUGAGAAACUUCGAUUAUUUCCAGCCAAGUCCCGAACUCUGCUCCGUCCUGCGCUCCUGUCUAUUCUCCAAUCCAAAGCAGGCGCCGCCGAUGAUCCCCGCAAAUUUGGGACACUUCGUUCCCGCCGACUCCAUUUCCUCAAGUUUUGCUAUGAUAUGAAUCUUCGCGACGACUACCUGAUGAAUGGCCCCGAUUUCCCCCACGAACGCCGUGUCGCUACCUUUGCCCUUUAUACAGUGGCUCUCGCCACCGGCCGCACCCUCCAAGGCCAAUACAUCAAAUCUGCAACUAUCAAACAAUACCUCCAUGCAGCUGCCUCCUUUAUCUGCCUUUUCACUGGUCGUGAUCCCCGCUACAACAACCCAAGCGAUACCAAAAUGUCCCCAGAUAUCCACGCCACCCUUGCUGAAGUCGAACGCCACGAAAAGGUCCCAAACAAACUCGAGCCUUACACCCUCGACAUGCAACAACACCUCGAGCAACACAACCUUGACACCAAAGCCCACCACGACGGCAUUUGGAAAACAGGAAGAGUUCUCACACCAAGCAAUCAAAGCGCAGUGUUGACAAGCUAUUUCCAGUGUCGACACUUGACAACCAUGGGUUCUGCUACAAACCGCCUAAUGGGGGCCUUUGCUGUGGUCCUGUUACUAUUGGUUUCAAUCAAUAUGAAAGUUCUUUCGAUGAACGCUGUCUAUGAUCUGAAAGAACGGAUGGGAGACAAUGUGAUGGAGAACUUCAAAAUCCUUCCAGCGAAUCGGUUAGUUCAUGUCUCGCGUGCUGGAAUCGGCCAUAGGAUGGUUCGGGAUACAUCUGCUUAUCAUUUGGCAAAGGGGCUAGAUCUAGCGCGAUUGAAGCUCCAAUGGGGAUCUUGCUCAAAGGAUACGAAUUGGAAAGGAAACGAAGGCUUUGAUGAACUCAGCAUUUUCCCUCAUUUGUUUGGAAACGAUCUUUGGAACGUUCCAGGAACGCUUUCAGGACCAAAGAGAGAAGGGAAGAAGGUGAUUGCGAGGAAUGAUGUAUAUGGAUAUAUUCCGGGUGAGAGUUACAAGACCUAUCAUAUUCCAAUCCAGCGUGAAAUCUACGAAGGGGAAGACGGGCCAUUCUUUGACAAGCUGCAGUCUGAUUCCGAGUUUUAUGACAAGCUAGUAGACAGCUACAUGUUCAAGGAUGAGGUAGAAGCGUUUAUGGAAGAGCACAACUUUGCAGAACAUGAAGUGAUUGGUAUUCACUUGAGUGCUGGAAAUGGCGAAGAAAAACACAAAAUCGAAGACGAGCGAAAGUUCAUGAAGAAUAUUUUGUACCUUGUGAGCCAAUAUGUCAGAUUGAUGAAGAUGUUGUACCAUGAUAGAUUCGCGCGGCGGACACCACUGAUCUUUCUCGCGACUGAUACCCCAAGACUCAUUCCUGAAGUUCAAGCAGCAACAGAAAAGUUCGGCGUGAAGACAGUUGUCCUCGAUCAAAUUCGUGUUGAAGACAAUGAGGGUGUAACAUACAAAGCGCUUGCAGGGAAGGAAGAAACGUGUUUGGAGGGAUGGAAAGCAAUGACAUCAGAUAUGAUGCUUUUGAGUCAUUCUGAUGUAGUCAUUGCAGCCAGACCUUCUGCAUUUACACAGGGUCUACCACUCUCGAGAGUAUUCGACAAACAUGUGGACGAGGAGGGACCCCACUAUUGUGAGGUUGGUGAUGAUGGAAACUACAUGAGUUGCUUGGAAGACAAGAAAACAUGGCUCUUCCGCGACAAUAUUCGAAAAGUUGUCCCCAUAUCAAGGUCGCAAGGUAUAAAUGGACUCUUCGAUCCAGAAUUUCCCCAAGUCGUGCACAACCUACUUAUACAACUUCCAGAUGUAGUUCAUCCGAAUGAAUUCCAGGAAGUAAAGAAAUUUUUGGAUGGGAAAAGGGGUGAGAAUCAGGGCGAUAUUCUGAAACAUGUGUAUGGUGAAAAGGCAAUCUUUGGAAAGUACAAAGACAAUUUGAAGCACGAACCAAAGUGGAACUUUGAAGAUUAG